GUGAGGAUGCGUGAUGCUCUGAUUUGGCUACCUCCAUGCAAUGACGGAUGCUGAGCUGUGUCCCACCCCCUCGCCCCAUACGGAUGCUCUUUCAUGGUGCCAACAGACGGACAUUACACGGGCGAGAAAAACAACAAACAGCCUUCGUCAUCAGUUCAGAUCAUCUCUGGUGUAGGUCGGUGUUGAUGUCUGAGUGCUGCCAUGGCAAACAGGGGGCCAAGCUAUGGGCUCAGCCGUGAGGUCCAAGAGAAGAUUGAGCAGAAGUAUAAUGCUGAGCUGGAGUCUAAGCUGGUGGAAUGGAUCCUUGUCCAGUGUGGAAAUGACCUGGAACGGCCAGAACCUGGCAAACAGAACCUCCAGAAAUGGCUCAUGAGUGGAACAAUUCUGUGUCGUCUUAUCAACAGUCUUUACCCCAGUGGAAUGGAGCCCAUUAAGAAAAUUACAGAAAGUAAAAUGGUCUUUAAACAAAUGGAGAAGAUUUCUCAGUUCUUGCAGGCUGCUGAAGAAUAUGGAGUCAACAGAGGAGAUAUAUUCCAAACCGUUGAUCUUUGGGAAGGAAAGGACAUGGCUGCAGUCCAGAGGACACUGGUGGCUCUGGGAAGUGAAGCUCUAACAAAGGAUGACGGUUAUUACCUUGGAGACAAAGACUGGUUCCAUAGGAAAACAAAGGGAAACAAGAGGGAGUUUUCUGAGGAACAGCUGCGUCAAGGCCGUAGUCUAAUUGGAUUUCAGAUGGGAAGCAAUCGUGGAGCAUCUCAGGCUGGCAUGACGGGGUAUGGCACCCCACGUCAAAUCAUGCGGUAUGACUCUCCUCGACACAAUGGAGAUGAAAGCAAUCCCUAAAUACAACACUGUUAA